GAUGAGUCCCGGGGCCCUUCAUUUAAUCGGAGAGCAGAGCAGUGGAGAAACUUCAUUCUCACUUUGCAGUGGAGACCAGAGGAGUUACCGUACGCAGGCAUCGGCCACGCUGCUCCUCCGCUUGCGCUGAGCUGACCCAGGGUCUCCUCUACCAUGAGCAGUGUUCGCCACCACCUCGGAUUCCUGCUCCUGGCCGAAGCGGUGCUGUGUGCUGCUGCCACGCGGUUUCAAGAUGUGCUGAGCUAUGGAAGCGCUUCUGCCACAUCCUACAAGAAGCUGCAAGGCUGGUCUAGCGAUCAAAACAUAUGGAACGAAAAGCUUUAUCCUUUCUGGGAACAAGGAGAUCCCAGAUGGAAGGACUGCUGGAAAGGCGGAAGGGUGACAGCCAAAUUGGAUACUGAUAGUCCAGCACUGGUAGGAUCCAACGUGACCUUUGUUGUCACUCUCCAGUUUCCUAAGUGCCAGAAGGAAGAUAAUGAUGGCAACAUAGUAUACCAGAGAAACUGUACCCAGGAUCCUCCAGCUGCUGAGGAUCAGCAAGUCUAUGUCUACAACUGGACUGAAUGGAUUCACAACUGUGUCUGGGAAAACUGCACAAGCAAUUACAGUCAUAAUGUAUUCCCAGAUGGGAGACCUUUCCCUCACCACCCUGGCUGGAGGAGAAGGAACUUUGUCUACGUGUUUCACACAUUUGGUCAGUAUUACCAAACAACAGGACGAUCUUCAGCAAAGUUUUCGGUCAACACAGCAAAUAUCACUCUUGGCAAACAUGUGAUGGCAGUGUCCAUUUACAGGAGAGGGCACUCAGGAUACGUUCCAAUCGCGAGAGCAAAAGCCAUUUACUCUGUAACAGACAAAAUUCCAAUAUUUGUGAGUAUGUUCCAAAAACAUGACCGCAACAUCUCAGACUCCAUUUUUAUCAAAGACUCACCAAUUACAUUUGAUGUGAAUAUCCAUGAUCCCAGCUACUAUCUUAACAACUCUGCCAUCUCCUACAAGUGGAACUUCGGAGAUGGAAGUGGCUUAUUUGUAGCCAGCAGUUCUACUACAUCUCACACUUACACUCUGCAAGGAAACUUCACUCUGAAUUUAACUGUCCAAGCCAUUAUUCCUGUGCCCUGCAGGCCAGUAACACCCACGGCACCACCCCCCACCCCAGCAGUAACAACCGGAGCAUCUUCUAAUUCAGACUCUUCUGCCAUUGUUGAGUCAAUGGAGGAUAAUCCUGAUGGAGGUUGCCAUAUUUACAGAAAUGGAUACUAUAGAAGUGGUAUCUCUGUUGUAGAGGGAAUCCUUGAGGUAAAUAUUAUUCAGAUGACGAGCAUCCAGAUGACAGAAAGUCAAGCUGAAAACUCACUGGUUGACUUUGUUGUUACCUGCCAAGGGAGUCUGCCCACAGAUGUCUGCACAGUGGUUUCUGACCCCACUUGCCAGGUGUCCAAGAGUGUGGUAUGUGACCCCGUCACCAUCAGCGAUGAAUGUUUACUCACUAUCAGGAGAUCUUUUGAGGAACCCGGAACAUACUGUAUAAACAUCACCUUGGGUGAUGACUCAAGUCAAGCCCUUGCCAGUGCACUGAUUUCUGUAAAUGGAGGAUCAUCAUACAGAACAACAGAAGGCGUCUUUAUCUUCCUUGGCUUGUUGGCAGUUUUUGCCACCAUUGGGGCAUUUGUCCUUUACAAGAGAUACAAGCAAUACAAGCCUAUUGAGAGAAGCGCAGGACAAACAGAGAAGCAGGAGGGACUCACUGCUUACUUCAGCAGUUUCAAAGCUGUUUUCUUCCCUAAUAGCACUGAGAGAAAUCCUCUGCUGAAGAGUAAACCAGGCAUUGUUUAAACCUUUAGUCUAACACCGACUGUUAGAUUAAGAACAGAACUCAUAUUAAACCAUACUUUAAUGGGGCUUUCUUGUUAUUAAAAAACAGGGAGUAAGGUGAAAGCACAUAUAGAGGGAAUGAUAACUUUUGGGGCUUGGUGAAAUUAGAAACAUUAAAGUAGUCCUUUGUAGAAAACAAGGAAGUAGUUUUAAGCACUUGCUGUUCUUGCUUGUGAUCCAGGAUAAACUCUUCUGAAUAACUAACUGCCCCCCACUACAACACACUUAUCUGGGUUUUCUUACUUCUAGGUUAACAACCUGCAAAAUUAAUCAUAUCUAUAAUUUGGAAGGGGGAAAAAAAGGUAAAUUUAAAAAAGACAAAAAAAAACCCAAAACCAAAACAACAACCAAGCAACUUGUAAACAGUUUUUAUUGCUGCUUACUGCCUUAGCAGGAUUCAUGUCUUUGCUUGAAAGAGAGACAUGGGGGGCAGGCACGUGUUAUGUCUGUGGAAUGAAACGUGCCAUGGCCUAUUCCCAGGCAUUGACACCGAACUGCUGCUGCUGUUACGCUGUUCGGGAGGUCCUAGCACAGGCUUGCCCCGGGCAGCCUAGCUCCCCACCAAGCAAACCCUAGAUUCUGGGAACCACCAGAAGGGACAGUUCCCCACUGGGAGUUUGGCAGCUGCCACCCUGUUUUGCAGGGUUCAAUAUCAUGGGCGCAGCUCAUUAAAUUCCAGUUGGCCUCAGGGCCAGAAAACAGGGUUGGACACAUUUAGUUUCCCACUGGACAUGGCUACCAGUGCAUGAGUCUCACUAUAAACUAAACCACAGACACCCGAGCAACAAGAUGAGGCCUAUGAGCUUGGCUCUCCAAACUUUUACUCUGAGUCCCAUGUAAAAUCCUGAGAUGCAAUUGCUGAUGCUGCCUUUGUCUCCUUUGUUUCCAUUGGUCUUGAGAGACCGGAUUGGCACCACCACUCCCCAGAGGGCAGAUGUGUGGAUAUAUGCUCUACGUACAGGGAUCAGCAGAAGGAGGGGUCUAGCAGGAAGGGGUAGCACUCAACUCCCUUUUCCCCUUCUCUUCUAAUUUCUCUCUCUCCUGCUGUAAAGAUACAGCAAUUUCUGCUUGCUCCUACAUCCUUCUUUGACCACUUAAUCAAAUAAAUGAAAACCCCAAUAUAAAUAAAGCACUAUGUUCCAGUUUCUGCUUUUGCAUGAUGCAGCUUAGAAAAUAUAAACUUAAGCAAAACCAAUGUGCCUUGUUCACUCUAGCUGCAAUUCUGUGUUAAAAAAACUAACUCCGAGGCUUUUCCCAAGCGAUCUGGCUUUGUAGCCACACAUGGUCACCACUCAGCAUUGUGGCAUUUCACAGUGGGAGAUCAGCAGCAAACUGCUGAAGGCUUGGCCACUGGAUGAUGACAAAAGGACAGUAUCUUAUCUGUAGCAGGGAAAAGGUUGCUAAAGAGCUUUACUGAGAUGAGCAAGCAGAUCAAAAAUGCUUUAUAGUUCAUGUUCCAUAAAAGCCCUGCUGUUAAUAGUAAAGGUUAUAACCAAAAUAGAGGCUGGCAAUGACCUUACACAGUCCAUUUCUAAACACUAAUUUCUUUGAAGAUCUAUAUUUCAAGAUAGUUACCUUGUUUACUGUGUCUUGAAACAUCUCUGAUAUAUGCUGUUUUCAGGCAAUAUAUAAGCAUAAAAACACUUUCCUACUGUUUUAGCAGAUCCAUCAAAUCCUCAUCAGCCUAUUUCUUCUUUUUUUCCCAGGUUUUCCCAUUAUUUUAAUUCUUUUGCGGCCAUUUCAGUUAUAUUAUUAAAAGCAGUGUAUUUGCUAUUGUUCCAUCUUCCUUAUAGUUAACAUCCUAUUGUCUAACCAGAACUGGGCAUCUAAGAAUAUUUUCUGACUUAAACAGAAAACACAUUUUCUGCAAAAAUUACUGCCUGAAUGUUAUGUCUUCUGUUAUCAGUCAGUCAGGACUGUAAUUUGUAUUUUUUGCUCUAGCUUGAGGCAGGACAGGGGUUUAUUGGAAAGCUUCAGAUGACCUGAAAUGAAGCAUGAAAACAUUACAUCUGUCACGUCUUAGGAUCAGUGAAGGCUACCACUGACCUAGGCUGUAUGCAGAAAGCAUCUUGUUUCUGCAAAACAUUGCAUGUUAGGAGCUCAGAGACAUCUUAAGCUUUUGCAUAGAAAACAGCUUUCGGGCAUAUGUUAAGAACUUUUUUAUUCUUUAACUUAAGUAUACAGAAUAUACUGCAUUAUCUCCCUUUAAGUAUCAUGUCAGACUAUUACAUUUUUAUAGUGUGAUUUUGCAUUUUCAGCUGUAACUUCUAUUUCAUACAUCUUUACUUUUAUACAAUGGAAUUUAACUGCUGCACUGACAAAUAAACCAUCUAAUGAUUUUAAA